AUGUCCUUUCGCUCAACUAUAUCAGCACCGUCACCAUCCGUCGCAGCCCUGUUCGAUAUACUUGGCAUCAAUAUCGCCGACGCAGGUGAGACGAUGACAGAGUCUCUGCAACCUGCGAAGUCAUUCACAGCAUCACAAGCGUUCCUCGUUGCCCCAUCCGGUAUUACUGGCCUCAAUAUCUUCAGUGGCGCGGCCGCCAGUACUCAACGCGUGAGACCUGUCACUCGCGUUAUACCUCAGUCUUCAACGAUCAUGGGCGAUGGUCUCCCAACUCUAGAUGUACCUUUGGUUGCAAGCAUCGCGGGGAUCAAUACACGGUUACCUAUCCAAUUGCUGCCAAGCACUACCAGGCGUCCGUUCGUAACGCCAUCAGGGCGCAGUCCUGGAGGUGGCAUGACGGGACGGCUAGGGGUAUCCGACGGGCCAGUAUACACGCCGAUAGCAUCUCUCCCAUGGUGGGACUGGAAUGGCCCAGGUGAAGGAGGUGAUGGGCUUCCGGAUGACAACGACCAUCAGUACUGGGACGAUGGGGAUGACGUGAGUGAUUACGAGUAUGACGACGAGGGGGAUGAAGAUGCGCGAAAUGACUGGGAGAUAAAUGAUGAGUAUGUUCAUGUACAUGGCGAUGGAGACGAAUCCGGUGAUGAUUAUCAGGUUGGGGUUGCUAACGAGCAUGGCGAUGGAUAUGAAGCUGAAGUUGGAAACGAACAAGAUGACGGAGAAGAAGACCAGUGCGAAUGCGGCUGCGACUGGUGGUGGACAGACGAUGAAGAUAGUUCAGGAGAAGGGGUUGACUGGGAAUGGGUCAAUGAAGAUGUUGUUAGCUGGGACGAAGAAGAUGGAACCUGCAACUGGAGGCCGGUCUCCACGCCAAAACCUACACCCCCAUCUGUAAGCGAUACUCGAGCAGAUGGUUACGACACUGGUUCAAGAGUUCCGCAACCCGAAUCAACGGCCUCGCAAAAUCUGCGCGUCGAGCCAUCGACAGGUGAUUCAGAUUCAACAUCGAACCAUGGCUAUAAUGCACAUCAUGCUGCACCCGCACAAGAAUCACAGCAUGGGAAACCACAAUCGUGGCACGACGGCAGUUUCAACACUGGAUCCCACUAUGACAAGGACGACCCGAAUAAGAAAUGGAGUGACGGAGCCCUACAUCCUGCCUGA